AUGGAGGAGUAUGAAGUCAAGGUUGGGUCAUGCGAGGUCUGCCCCAUGGACCAGGAGGAGGAUACGAACUCCUCUUCCAUCCUCAUCUCAGUAGGAAGUGCUGUGGGGCUUGUGCGGUCUGUCGAGACUGUCGUGCAGCUGCUCAGGUCCUGCGGGGGGACGUCGGUCGUUCCGUUCGCCCCGAUCUCGAUCUCCGAUCGCCCUCAGUUUGACCACCGGGGGCUUCUGCUGGACACAAGUCGAAACUUCAUCCCCGUCCCUCUCAUCCUCGAGACGUUGGACGCCAUGUCCAUGGUCAAGCUCAACGUGCUCCACUGGCACAUAGUGGACGCGACGAGCUUCCCCUUGAGGACGAGGAGGUUCCAGCAGCUCUCUGGGUGGGGAGCGUACUCCAACAGCUCCGUCUACGAUGCCGAGGACGUCAGGGCUGUCGUGGAGAGUGCGAGGCAGCGAGGAGUGCGAGUGAUUCCGGAGAUUGACAUGCCCGGCCAUGCCUUCUCCUGGACCGGAGUCCCUGACAUCGUCAGUUGCGCCGGGAAGCAGCCGUGGGAGCUCUACUGCGCUGAGCCGCCGUGCGGUCAACUUGAUCCGACCAAGGACGAGACUUUCGAGGUCGUGAGGACCGUACUGGAGGAAGUGACGCGUUUGUUCCCGGAUCGCGCCGUUCACAUAGGAGGAGAUGAGGUCAACUACCGAUGCUGGGACGAAGACGCGGCACUGAAGCGGAGGAUGCGUCAACAAGGCUUCCAAGAUUUCUCGGCCCUGUGGCAGUUCUUUGAGGACCACGUCCUUGCCUUCACGCACGAGCUCGGCAGACGAGCGAUCGUAUGGCAGGACGUGCUCGAUGAAGGACUCCAGCUGCCUUCCGGUACGAUCGUGCAGGUAGGACGUGGAGGCAAGGAGGGAGGGAGAGCUGACGAGCAAGGCUUCGACGUGGUCGUCUCGAACGCGGAUGCCUGGUACCUGGACUGCGGGAGCGGGAGUUUCAUUGACGGGGGAAGGUCAUGGUGCGACCCGUUCAAGAGCUGGGAGGUGAUCUACAGCAACGAGCCUUGCGAGGUCGACGAGACCAACCUGCAUCAGAAAAUCUGGCCGCGGGCGGCAGCAGCAGCCGAGCGGCUGUGGAGCUCUUCCUCCGUGCGGGACCUGGGAGAUGCGAGGAGGAGGCUGUCUGUACUGAGGGAGCGCAUGAAGGCUCGAGGCAUCCCCGCGUCUCCUCUCCAUCCUGCCUACUGCCAUGAGCACCCAGGGAGCUGCGACUCUCAUGCGGCGGGGCAGGAAGGCUCGUCAAGGGGAGUCGUCGACUUCCCCGCGUCUGCUUCGGAGACUUACAGGAGCUCGAAGGCUGCCCGCCCUUAG